AUGCCCGGGGUGAAGCUGACCACCCAGGCCUACUGCAAGAUGGUGCUUCACGGAGCCAAGUACCCGCACUGCGCCGUCAAUGGACUGCUGGUGGCUGAGAAGCAGAAGCCGCGCAAGGAGCACCUGCCCUUCGGCGGCCCGGCCGCCCAACACACACUCUUCGUGGACUGUAUUCCCUUGUUCCAUGGCACCCUGGCCCUCGCCCCAAUGCUGGAGGUGGCGCUCACCCUGAUUGAUUCAUGGUGCAAAGAUAAUAGCUAUGUGAUUGCUGGUUAUUAUCAAGCUAAUGAACGAGUAAAGGAUGCCAGUCCAAACCAGGUUGCGGAGAAAGUGGCCUCCAGAAUUGCCGAGGGCUUCAGCGAUACAGCUCUCAUCAUGGUAGACAACACUAAGUUUACGAUGGACUGCGUGGUACCUACGAUCCAUGUGUACGAACACCAUGAAAACAAAUGGCGGUGCAGAGACCCACACUAUGAUUACUGUGAAGACUGGCCAGAGGCCCAGAGGAUCUCAGCGUCACUCCUGGAUAGCCGGUCCUAUGAAACGCUCGUUGAUUUUGACAACCACCUCGACGACAUUCGGAAUGACUGGACAAAUCCAGAGAUCAAUAAAGCUGUUCUACACCUGUGUUAG